AUGAUUUGUACGGACGACUGCACCUGCAGCCUGUGCAGAGAAUUGCGUGGAUACAAGCUGAAAGUGAAACCGACCAAAGCAACCGAUCAGCGCCCGUACGCCGACGCCGGAAGUCAACAGCAGCAGUCAAAGUAUUGCAAGAACUCCAAGCUAACGCGCAACGAUAACUUCAUCCUACGGCGACGCGCCUCCAACGAUUACCAACGGUCGCCGGACGCUCGUCAGGGCUCGUUAAGCGUGCUGCCAACGGGUGACGAUCGGACGUACGAACCCGAUCCUGGGUACGAUCAACCAUCCGAGCAUCAAGGCCACCGGGACUCUCGCUACGGUCAGAUGCAGAGCCAGCGGAUGAAAAAAGCUCAAAGCUACAAUGAAAUACCGAGCGCGGGUAAUGGUGCUGGACGCGCUGCCCGGUAUCAUCCGGCCGCCCUUGCCUCGAAGAUGAUCAAGAGCACCAACAAUCUGACGGAAGAGGAUGAUUACUAUAGCUAUCUACCGCCCUCUCCACCACCACCCGUUACCGGUGGCCCUUCGAUAAAGAACAAAAUCGAAAAGCAGAAAGAUCACAAAGUGAUCAUCUACUUCGGUGACUCGAUCGCGCAUAGGAAAAGCGAAAAGACACGUCCAGCACCCCCGCCACCUUCGGGCACACCACCACCGCCGAAGGUGAGCGAGCUGAACGUUUUUCACGCGCAGAGACUGUGCGAAGAAACGGCAGAAAUGUUACAACAGCGUGAAGGUGGAAGCAGCAGCAGUGCCGGAAGUAGCCAUUGUGGUGGCAAUGCAACCCGGCCAACUGUGCGGGACGCAUUGGAAAAGAAGCCGGAGGGGGUGAACGGUAAACCGGGCAAGGAGUUCAUGAUGCAGCUUAAGUCGGUGCUGCAGGAGAAGAACCGUGGUGGAGGUGGUACAGCGUCAACCGAAUCGCAACCAUCGUCGAGCGGUGUAACAGUACCGAUAGGUAAUGUGGCAGAGUCUACCUCUACCGGUCAGGAGGAAUCGCGACGUCCGAUCAUAGAACCAAAGCCCAAACGAACGCACACGCAGGUGGUAGAGAUACGGCGCGUCGAUAAGACGGUAGCAACGGAUGAAGCAACGGACACUUCGCUGCCAUCAUUUGUCGAGAGCGUCAUUAACGGUGUCAUCAACAUCAAGAUCGAGGAAAGCUUCAAGGUGGCUUCGGAUAUUGUGCAGGCCGUGUUUGAGGAACCGGGACCGGACGGUGGUACCGAGUACGGGUACGACGAUGACGAUGUGGGCGAUCCGUUCGAUUGGAGCUUCGUACAGAACUGGAGAGCACGACCUUCCGGUACGAACGGGCAGGUUAGCUCACCACCUAACACGUCCAGCAACCAGAGCAGCAUCGGGCUCGCCAACAAUCCAACCCACAAUGGUUCGAGCGCCGUCAGUGGAGGCGGCAGCGGAACCAACUAUCCGGCCAGUCCUAACGGGCUCUCUCCCGGGAACCAUUACAUAGCAUCGUCAAAUCCAGUCGCGUCGCCAGGUGCUCGCAUCCAGAGUCCAGCAAUCGCAACACCGGCGCCAAGAGUUUCCAAGGAAAUUGCACUUCGUCCGACCAAUGGAAACGGAGACAUGCGCAACUUUAGCUUAUCGCCAGUCAGCCAACAGACCGGUGCCGGUGGACAGCAAAGCACGGAAAGCAACCAACAGAACGGCCAAUCGAACGAUAACAACAGAAAGUUCCAUCAACUUUCGGGACAGCAGGGUGGACCUGGUGGGCAACAGCAUCAGCUGGUGCAUCAUCAGCAUCAUGCACAGCAGCAAUCGCAACAUCAACAGCAUCUCCAACAGCAGCAACACCAUCAACAGCAACAACAAUCCGGACCGCACCGUUCGGUGUCCGGUCCAACCAAACUUACCGUUCAAAGCUCACCGGUAAAGGCCCAACCGGCCAUGGUAAGUGCUGGGCUGGAUAAAUCGCCUGCCAAUUCCUCCGUUAACGGUGGCUCAGCGAGCAAUGACCUAAACAGCAAACGCACCGUCAACGGCAACGUGAUUAGUAGCGUUACCACGAUCAACGAGCAGCUUAACUCGGCCAGCAAUAGUUCGAGCAGCGUUAGUAGUAGCGUAAGCCACCUAAAGCAACACUUCUCCCAGAGUCAUCACGCGGUCCCGACGUCAUACCAUCACCAGGGAGCUUCGGCCAACACCGCCAAUGGGCCACCGGGAACAGCACAACAGUCCGGUGCACACUUGGCCAGCCCCGUCUCGAAAGGUGCACCACCGCUCGGCAUUACCCGUACGCAUCAUCACACCGGAACGCACGACUUUCGAGGUUUACAGCGUGUCAACGAAUGUCACAGCUCGUCAGAUGAGAAUCGUUCAUCGGGCCAUGCGAGCAUGUCCGAUACCGGGCACGGCAGUAGCUCUCCCGGUGGAGGUAAUCGUACCGGAGGGCCCCUAGGACCACUGCCCGAGGAUCGUCUAGCGGCCGGCGUUACCAACCGAAGUGCACGUUCGCGUGCUAGCUCGAACCAUUCGCGUUCGAGACACCGAGCCACACCGGCCAAAAUCCCGUGGGGUGGCGGUGGACUCGAGGACAUCAAGAUGGCGAUCCAGCAGCUAACGAUGCGUUCACAUACGUCCACCUCAACGUACAGCAGUCUAAGUGCGGGCUCGGAAAGCUCGGAACCGGUACGUCGGCUCGGUCGUUACAGUUCGCUCGAGACGGUCAACACGAACGUCACCAGUGCGGAUGAGUUUGUGUGGGUCGAUUCGCACAACCGGCUGGUGGAACUGCAACAUCCACCCUGGAGUCAACACUGUGUACUGCGCGUCAUUCGAACCGGGCGAUGUCGGGAGUACGCUGAGCGUGUAUCGGUAGAAGCGGUCCCACGGUUAGGCUACCUACUUCAGCGAGCAUUGGUAAGGGUGGCUCGCGAAGUACAACGGCUGUCUGGAAGCUUAGGCCUUUGCUCGAAGCAUGAGGUGGCCGGUGCGUUUAAGAUCGUCCUUUCGCCUGCUUUAUCGGACUCUUGCAUUAAGGCAUGUUUACGGGCAGCCGCCAUGUUUGCGGUGCCGGGCGAUAGUGCCCUAAAGCAGAGCAAAUCGGCUCGUGCUGGUUUGCAGUUGCCGGUGGGACGAUUCCAUCGCUGGAUGGCUGAUGCACGGUUGGGACGGUUCGUGCACGAGUACGCUGCGGUGUAUCUGUGUGCUGGGUUGGAAAAUCUACUCGAAGAGAUAUUCCUUCAGUGUCUACCAACGGAUCCUGGAGCGGCACUGACAGCGACUGGGCUGGAGCAUGCAAUUGCUGGUUCGGGUGAUCUGUGGGGAUUGUUACAACCGUAUGCCCAUUUGAACGCGGGACGAGUUGCAUCCGGUGCGCUCACGAUGCCCCGCUGGGCAAGCCAAUCAUCGAUCAACUCGGGAGCAGUUGGUUCUAGUGCUCUGGAGCCCUGUCUGCUGACGACUUGUGUUGGAAGUUUGAACGAGCUAAAGGACCUGGUCGGACGGGCACAGCAACGCAGUCAACACAUUCCCAUCUCACAAACAGCGUUCCGUGUGCUGUUCUACUUUAUGCGAUGCUCUCAGCUCGAGCAUAACGAUGUCGGUGCGGCUACAAACGGUGCGGUCAACAACAUCCAGGAACUGUGCUACGAGCGGGCGUACGUUGUGUUGCCACCGUUGGUUGAGUGGCUGCGGGUGUCCUCCGCUCAUGCCGAGUACCGGCAUGCGUUGCUUAUCGAUAAGGAUGACAUUAUGCAGGCUGCUAGGUUACUGUUGCCAGGUGUCGACUGUCCACCAAGAUUGAUCGCAUCGGAGGAGGAGCUUCCGGGGAAGAGGACCUCCCUGUCGGGCACGCAGAGCAUCAGCUCGUCGAACCAUUCCGGGCAGACGCAACCGUUGCAUGGUUCGUUGACGUCAAACUCGUCCACGUCCACGACGGGAAGUAUUGAGGAUUCGAGUGAAUGUGGACGACGAGCAACGUACGCUUUGGCCUUCCGGCUAAUGCUAACAGGACGCCCGGAGUUACUGAUCCAAGCACUCUCCCUUGUACCACCGACCACACGCUACGAUACAUUGAACCAUCAAGGGAUGACCGCGCUCAUGAUAGCUGCAGUGCGUAACGAUGAAACGGCUCUGCAAACGCUGCUUGAUGCCGGAGCCGAUCCGAACGUGGAGGUACCCGCCUCCGGUCAUCCGAACUGUCCGGCGAUCCAUCCCGAAACGCAACACUGGACUGCUAUUACAUUUGCGGCUUGUAAGGGCAACUAUCAAGCGUUACGCAUACUGCUGGAUCGUGGUGCUCAUGUCGAGGGUGGCGCUCGGCUUAGCGAGGACAAGUGUACGCUGACGCCACUACAGGUAGCGAGCGGUUCGGGUAUUGUGGAGGUUGUGGCCUUGUUGCUUGCGCACGGUGCUCAUGCCUUCCUCUCAACACAGCAGAAGGAUCUGCUGUGCUUCUCGGGUACAGCACAACGAGGAUGCUAUAGUGCUAUCUCGGUUUCGGCCGCCCAUGGACAGCGUGUAACGCUGAGAAAGCUUUUGUCCCACCCGUUGGCUCCGGGCAGCAGGGAAGUGCUGUCACUUGAGGAGAUGCUCGCCGAAGGAGACGGUGGAAAUACGCGCACCCAGCUAGACCGUCAGCCGGAGGCUCCACCGACACUGAACAAAACCCAAAUCAAAAGUCUUCAAGAGGCCAUGUAUCAUAGUGCUGAAAAUAAUCAUUUAGAUAUUACCAUCGAGCUGCGAGCGCUAGGUGUACCGUGGACAUUGCACUGCUGGAUGCACGCACUAGCAGCGGCCCAUGAGCUGCGUCUUGACGCCGUCAUCGAUCAGCUGCUGCAAGACUUUCUGCAAGUCUGCCCCGAUGACUACAGUCAGCAGUUUGUGACCGAAUGUUUACCAUUGUUGUUUAACAUUUUCCGCUAUAGUAAGAAGGAAGGCACUACGCUGCUAUUGGCCGACAUCUUCAGCACCUGUUUUGGCUGGGAACCGAUCAAACCGAUCAAAGAGCCCGUCCUGCAGCCCUCGAACGGAUCGCGCAUCGAUCCCAAGUUCGUGAACAACCCGGAGCUGAGCGAUGUCACAUUCCGAGUGGAAAAUCGCAUCUUUUACGGGCACAAAAUCGUUCUCGUCACCGCAUCUCCGCGUCUGCAGAGUAUGUUGAGCUCGAAGCUGAACGAAGGCACCGGCACACCGACCGUGCAGAUCAACGACAUUCGGUAUCAUAUAUUCGAGUUGGUGAUGCAGUUCCUGUACAGUGGAGGAUGCAGUGCCCUCGAUGUGGCAGCCGGCGAUGUGCUGGAGUUGAUGGCAGCGGCCAGCUUCUUCCAGCUGGAAGGCUUGUUGCGGUACACGGAAGCACGCUGUGCCGAGAUGAUCGACAUCGAUAAUGUCGUCGCCAUGUACAUACACGCGAAGGUCUAUAAUGCACAAAAGCUGAUGGAAUACUGUCAGGGUUUCCUUCUGCAGAACAUGGUCGCCCUACUGACCUACGACGAUUCGGUAAAGCGAUUGCUGUUUGCGAAGAAAAUCCCCAACCAUGACGUGUUGACCGGUUUGCUGACCACGCUGCAGGCACGUAUCAAGGCACGUCGUAACAGUAGCUCUGCGUCUGUGACUGGAGGAGGAAGUAGCAGUGCAGCUCCGAUAAACGGUCCUACCACACCCAGUGCAGGGCAAGCUAAUCGCCCGUCUGCCAACGGGAAGUCCUCUAAGUAGAUGCGUACUGCGCGUAGUGCACCAUUGUUUGUUUGUUUUUUUUUUUAAUACAUGUAAUCUUACUACUCAUCACCAACGUCACCACGAUCUGGUUCGGCUCCUAAUCUCCGAGCUAAGCCAUUGCACUGAUUUAAGCA